AUGGCGGAGGAGAAGGAAGGUGUGACGACGGCUUCGUCUGAACAGAAAACGAGAGAAAUGGACGGCAAAAAGAACUAUGGCCGGCGAAAACUACCCAGCGAUACUAUUAGAGAAUCCGAGGAAUUCUUCGAGGUGGACAAAAUUGUCGGAAUGACUAAAAUCAAUGGCAAGGAACGUUACAAAGUCCGUUGGGUGGGAUAUCCUGCCUCGAAUGAUACAUGGGAGCCAAGAGAGAACCUUCUUCCAUGCAUUGAGAUGGUGGAGGACUUUGAACGUGACCGACAACGGUUGAAAAAGCGACGGGCUGAAGAAAGAAGAAUACGAAAAAGCCAGCGCCAUGAUCCACUGGCUAUGAUGGAAGGGAGACUUCUUCCAGGGACUCCCCUGCCUGAUGGCAAAAUUCUAUCUACUGCUACUACUACUACUACUACUACUCCUACUCCUACUAGCUCUCUGACCACUGCCAGCUAUGGGAAUGGAUGUCGUCAACCAAAUUCAAAAGACAGUCCACCAUCUCUACAACAGGUUGAUUGUGCUGUAAAUGAAGGAACAGAGAGCGACCAAUCUUCAAAAUCACAAAUAGCUUUGUCACUAUCGGGUAACAAUGCUGGACAUCAUCCACCUACUCACACUACUGACUACUGGCCCCAGAUUAUGGCAUUUAAAAUUAUCACCUCUCUCAGUGAUACUUCAAGUCAAAAUUGUGACUGUGAUAAUAAAUCCUCACCAUCUUCGUCGCCAUCCUCAGCAUUACGACUUCAGAACUUAAAGGAUCCCACUCACUCUCUUGCCAAGAAAAGGAGGACUCGGCUGAGGCCAAACAGAAACAUAGUUAUAAGUUAUUCAUCAAAACGAAAGAAAACUAAAUUUCAGAAUAUACGUACUUCCCCUAAAAAGACUAUGAGGUCAACAAUGAAUUUACUACCACCUGAGAAAUCCAAUUGCAAUAUCUUUGCAAUGGGUGAGAGUAGCGUUGACAGCGGAGUGUCAAGUCUGAGAACGGAAACAGAAACAGAGAUGGAUAGUAAUUCUCCAGGUUUGGAAUCCAUUGCAUCCACGGUAUCUGUUUCCCGUUCAAUGACCCCACAGGACACUGGAAGUGUAUGUUUACUUGAAGAAGACCCUGUCAAUUCUGAAUUGGUUUUAAUGCCUUUGGAAACCUCUGCGAUAUCGAGCUGCCAAUUGGUGUUACCAUGUGAUAUUGGUACAGAGCUAAAGACUCCAACUGAUGAAAAAAGUGGUGUUGACACACGGUGUUCUACAAAAAUAAAACCGUGUUCAUCUACCCCAGAAACCUGUCCAGAAACAAAUUCAGAAAUAAAGCAGACUAUUCAUUUGAGCCAAAUGAGUGGAUAUACAUUAUCUGAUCAGUCAUUUGGUUCCUAUAGCAACAGUAACAAAGCUUCUUUAGGAAAUCCUACAAGGUGGGAAAUAAGUGCACUAUUGAAGCUUCAAAAUCCUUUGAAUUCCAUCAGGAAUAAGAUUGUACGAAAUUUUUUUGAUAACUGUACAGCAGAAGAAUUGACCAAUUUUUGUUCUUGCUCCAGUCGUCUUGAUCGGUCAAGAAACAUCGAGAGUUCAACCCCUACCUCAGUGAAAAAAGCCAGGUUAUCUAACAAUGUCAUUCAAAUCAGUAAAGAUGAAUUUGUUCAAGCUGUCUUAGCAGGUGAUUAUGAGAGACUAAAAUCUGCCCUCAGGGGGGACAGAUCGCAUUAUGAUCUGGAAUCCCCAAACGUUGAUGGCUACACUUUGAUCAUGCAAUCAAUAUUGCGAGGGUUUAGUGACAUAACGUUACUCUUGGCACUUGCUGGUGCUCAACUGGACAAAUCCCUGAGCAGUGGAGAGACUGCCCUGAUGUUGGCCUGUACAAGGGGGGAGGUUGCAGCAGUAGAAGUACUUGUCAAAUUGGGAGCAAACCUGGAAAAAUACACAUCAAAUAAAGAAACCGCUUUAAUAAAAUCCAUUUAUAGUGGUAACCUUCAGAUAGUGAAACUGCUGCUCGACCAUGGUGCUAAUAUGGGGUUCCAGAACAGAGACAACUUUAAUGUUUUGGAUCUGGUCUGUGCGAAUCCAAGUCUCCAGGGCAUGCAAGCAAUUUUGACCAUGUAUCAUGAUAAGUUUAUGACCCAAAUGAAAGACUGUAUAAAUGUGUGGCUGAAAGGAGAACAUCAACUUGUGGAAGAAGUUUUUCCCACUCAGUGCAUGGCACUUUCAAAAGGUCGAAAAAUACAAAUCUCUUUCAGACACUAUCAACAAGAAUGUGAACACUAUGAGGGCUACCUACUUUUCCUUGUUCAUGUCAAUGACAUUGGGGCACUACAUAUUGGAUGUCGAUUAAAGGGAGAAUCAGUUGUUACUAAUGUUUACUUAAACGGAGGAUCAGAAAAACAAGUUUCAUUGCCAUCAAAAUUUGUGACAUCAUUCAGGAAUCUCAAGCAUGGUGAUAACACCCUGCGAAUUGAAACCAAACCAGAUGCAAGGAUGACCCUGUUAAUUUUUUCACCAUCUUCCUCUUUCUCUCUCUCUCUCUCUCUCUCUCUCUUCUUUUUUUUUUUUUUUUUUCCAGCAUCCCCCCCCCUCCUUCAGUCUAACCUCAGACCUUAUAACCACAACUGUUACUGGCUGUUAAACGGCCAUCUUGGAACCUCUCCCCACUCCCUUCACCAAAGAGAAAAUGGCCCUACACUGUCUGUUUAUUUGGCUUCUCUCAAGAAACUGACUUUGUCUCCUUGCCAAGUUCCAAAACCCAGUGCACAUCUGCUUUUCAAGCAGCAUCUCUUUCUUUCUUUCUUUCUUAUCUGUUCUCUACUUUAA